AUGGAUAACAUACCAGAAGGAUCAGCUAUCUCCGACGACCCUAUUGAUAGCAUACUAUGGACUCACAUUCUCGUACAGGCCGUAGCAUGGGGGAUACUGUUCCCCACCGGAAUGGUGUUGGGAAUAAUACGCUCGAGAUGGCACGUCCCUGUGCAGACGACCGGCUCCAUCCUCGCCCUAAUCGGUUACUUCUUGGGCCAUAAGCACAAAGGCCGUCAGUUUGCACCAAACGCCCAUGCCAAGUUCGUACCGACGCUUAUGUUCACGCUUCUCGCUCAGGUCGUGAUGGGAAUAUAUCUGAAGCUUCAUAUUGAGAGAGGGAUCCAUGGAAAGAUAAGGAAGGUGGUUGUAAAGGCACAUGGAUGGGUGGGAAAGCUUAUGCCAGUUGUUAGCUGGGUCCAGUUCGUGUUGGGAGGCAUCGCCUCGAUGGGCUUCUGUCGCGCCGACCACACUGGCCAAUGUCUGGCCCAUUUUAUCAUGGGCAGCGCAUUCAUCGCAUACGGCAUCCUGCUCACUAUCCUACUUCUGGUCGGACAGUUUUGGCUUCGGAGGAGUGGACGCAGUCAAGAGUUCUUUGAUUCACUUGUCAUUGCGGCGUGGGGUUGCGUCAACACCUUCACUGAGCAUCGUUGGGGCUCCGCGUGGGUUGGAAACGAUUUGCAGCACACCACGAUGGGCAUCAUCUGGUGGUGUGCGGGCCUCGUGGGGAUCUGGCUCAGCCGCACAAGGGACGGGAGACCGAAGAGGAACCUUAUUCCUGGCAUCGUCAUCCUGCUGACCGGUUGGGGUAUGUCUGCACACCCGCAGCAUCUGCCCAUUUCCAGUAUGGUCCACGCCGUCUUCGGAUACACGCUCAUGGCCGCGGGGUUGGCGAGAAUCAUUGAGAUCUCUUUCGUCCUCAAAGAUCGGAGCACGCUCUCUGCCGAUGGUACGGAUCCAAAUAGCUUCCAGUACCUUACUCCCUUUCUCCUUUUCGCUUCUGGGUUUCUCUUCAUGGGGGCCACCGAGGAACAGAUGCAGCUCCUUGCAGAUGCUCAUGUCACACAUGUGUCUUACGUCUUCAUUCUGUACAGUCUUGCGUUCCUCCUCUUCCUCUUUGUUAACAUGCUGAUACACCUCUACGCUGUUCACGCCUGGGGCCAGGACACUAAGCGUGACGCAGAGACUCCACGGGCGAAUGGCGUCCCCAACGGCCAUGCCCGAGCCGAUCGAAGGGUCCGCGAUGCGGAAGAGUUCGAACUAGAGGGUCUCAUAACCGACGAUGAAGACGCUGUACCCAUCGAGGACAAGGAGCGGCAGCCCUUGACUUCGCUUUCUUAA